AUCUAUUAAUGUUCCCGACACUGCCUUCUACAUUAUUUGCUGCCGUUACCUCACAUUUCUGCAAUCUGGAAAUCCUCCUACUGUAACGUUCACUAGCCUAGAACGCACAAGAUGCAUCACAGCUUGUCAUAUAGCACAUCGCUCCAUCGCCGUUAUGUCGGUGCUCUUCGCACUCCUCGUACAUGCGCGCCUGUUCAAAGAUGCCGCCCGCUCUGGAUGGUCCGGGCAGAACCCCAAGACAAGCCAGAUGGCGACUUUGAGUCGCUUUUUUCCAAGGAGCUGCAGCGGAGAGGGCUAUCUUCUAUGGACGAGCCAGGCUCCCCGCCAAACGCCAGUGGCUCUACCACUCCAGGAACCAAUCCCUUUGCCGAAUCACGCACCAGCAGUAGCGGCACCAGCAGCAGCGGCAGCAGCACCACCGGGGGCAGCAACAGCACCACUCGGACCCGCGCCCGCGCGCCUCCACCACCCAUGGCUUCCAACGCGGCGCCAGCGACCGACCAACGGCAAAAGUCCAUGGAUAUGGUCAAUGAGGGGCUUGAGGGCUUGAUUCCCCGCGCCACACGCCUGUUACAGCUGGGCGGCUCCCUCUUUCUGGGCUUCCUGCCCUUCAUGAUUGCUUUCUCGUUGCUUUUUACCGGUGUGUACUUUGUCUUUGGGCCCAACUUUGUGCACGGAGGGCGGCCGGUGACAAGCAGCAGUAGCAACGGCAGCGGCACUAACCGGCCGUCGUACAUCGAUCCUGAGCGGUUGCUGAGUGAGCCGACGGUUGAUCCGUACAUUCCCUUCAACAGCAACCCGUACAGCAGCCCGGAUUUGAACUGAGCGGUUUUGGAUCUGGGGGGGCCCAGGAGCCUUCUGGGGCACUGAUGAGGGAUGAGGUCAUGGCUAGAAUUGUAGCGGAGUUGGGCAGGUGUUAUAAACGUUGGGUGUAUUAUAAGAUUGAUUGUAUUAUAAGUUUGUGAUGACAAUGUUGGCCGGCUUUAUGUGUCAUGUAUAAGUGCACACGGCACUAGGCCGCUGGCAGUAGCGACAACACCCGUUGUGGCUGAAGAAAGGGG